AUGGAGGGUGAGAGGGUCAGAGAAUGUGAGGACGUGGGCAAGGAGCGACCCCGUCCCGUCUGUGUGGAUCUGUUCUACAAUGGCCGUCCCACAUUGACAGAAACCACAGGGAACUCCCCUCCUCUGGAACAGGAACAUCAGACCCCCAGGGACACCCCCAACCACGACAGACCUGAGCUCCACUCCGUGAUCACAGGACGGGGACCCUGCGACACUGACCUCACUGUCCUGAGUCAGACCCAGGGGGACAGGAGACGGCCCAUCACGGGAUAUGGUGGUGGGUUCACCUCCUGUGGGGACAAAGUGGAACAGGACACUGUCCUCGGGGUGGCUUCACUGGAAAAUGGGAGCUGCUCCAGUGUCUCUGUGACUCCCCGUGGGAAAUAUGAACAUCCCUUGACCCUCUGGUUGUCACAUGGAGCCAACACACUGCAGUCAUCAGUGCACAUACACCAACAUAUUCUGCCGGCUGCCUAUUUAAAGCGGCUGCGGCUGUGGUCCCGCUGUUUUGCGGGUGUUCAGCGAGUCAUGAUGAGGUUUCUGCUGCUCCUCUGCACCGCGCUGCUCCAUGCACGGCAGGAGGCCGGGGUCGGGGCUCACUCCUAUAGCUCUGUGGGCGGCUGUCGGUUCAACAGCAGCGCCCGCGGGGGCUGGACCUACGUCUAUUAUGACGUCUAUAACCACGAGAAGAUCUUCUACUUCGACUUCGCCCAGAAGAAGUUUGUGGCGGUGAAGGGGUGGAUGCAGGGGAACGUGGACAGGUGGAACAAGGACGGCUCGGCGGAAGCGAAGUACCAGGGCGGGAUCCGCAUGUGUGAGAACAACAUCCCCAUCCAUGAGGAAUGGGUGCUGACCCGGAAAGUGGAACCUGAGAUCACAGUCCGACCUAAAGUGUCCCCCUCCCACUCUGGGCAGUCCGCCCUCCUCACGUGUCACGUCACUGGGUUUUAUCCUCCCCACAUCAAGCUGACGUGGCUGAAGAACGGAGCCCCAGUUACCACCAGAGCCAUCAGCACAGACCUGUUGUCAGACGGUGACUGGACCUAUCAGGUGGAGGAACUCCUCCAGUACCACCCAGUGUCUGGGGAUAAAUACACCUGUCAAGUGGAGCACAUCAGUCUAAGAGGGCCCAAGACUGUGGACUGGGAAGUGCAGAGCUCGCCUGAAUCAGAGAGAACCAAGAUCAUCGUGGGAGCGCUGGGCUUUGUGUUCGGGCUGCUCAUCCUGCUGGCUGGAGUUAUAAUGAAGCUGAGGAACGCUAAAGCUAUCCUGGACUCCAGCAGUCAUGGCCCACGUCUGAUGGGCCCCGCGAUCAGUUAACCGAGCCCUGGGCACGGUGCAGCUUCUGCCCUCGGUGACAGGAUGAACCAGCUGGCUGUCCCGCGACUGGGAUGUGACUCCGGCCCAGUGGGUAGGGAGCUGCUCCGUCUCGGCUUUGGAAACCGCUCACUGUCCACAACAGUGCAGAGGUUCACCGGCAGCUCAUCCCUGCUGAAUGCCCAGUGUGGCUGCAGCUUGUAACCUGGUGUUUGUCCUGUUCUCACUGGUGCAGGGAUUGGCCCCCAGUCUCCUCGUAACACCCCAUCUAUUUCACUGUAACUGUAAAUCUGCAUCUAAAUGUUCACUGCUCUCUACAAUUUAUAAAUGAUCUUAUUGCAAAUAUUGAUCUUUGUACCUACUGAUGGCUCGGUUUUGAUUAAAGACAUUGGGACACCUA